ACUUAGCUAACUUGACAGUUUGCUGUUGACACUGUACUGGUAAGAUUGGCUGCAGGUCACGGUCCGCCAAAAUGACUUUUCUAAUGCGACUUUGUUCUUUAGUUGUCAGUGUGUUAUGCUUUCCCCUUCAUCUGAUCAACGCGGUGGGUCUGUAUCAAAUAUACAAACGUGUCUUCCCAUUUUGUUUAUACCGCAUUUCUGUAACGUACAACAAGAAGAUGUACGGCAAGAAGAGUGAGCUGUUUCGCCGUCUCCCAGAGUUCAACAAGCCUGGCGAGCAGCUCACAAUUUUGGAGAUUGGCUGCGGCACCGGCACAAAUUUUGAGUUUUAUCCGCCUGGUAGCAAGGUGAUCUGCACUGACCCGAACCCUAAUUUUCAGAAAUAUCUGAAGAAAGCCAUGGGCGAGAAUGACCACCUCACAUAUGCGAGAUUUGUGGUGGCAUCGGGGGAGGACAUGGGGUCAGUGGAGGACGAGUCGGUAGACGUUGUAGUCUGCACCCUGGUGCUCUGCUCUGUCAACAACAUACCGCAAACUCUGCGAGAGGCCCACCGCAUACUGAGACCAGGUGGAGCCUUCUUCUUCAUUGAGCAUGUAGUGGCAGAUCCCUCCACUUGGGCAUACUUCUUCCAGCAUGUUUUCCAGCCUGCAUGGUACUACUUUGGCGAUGGAUGUGACGUCACCCUGGAAACAUGGAAGCAUCUGGAGGCAGCUGGAUUCUCUGAACUCAAACUGAGACACAUUGAAGCACCUCUUGUCUUCAUAAUCAAACAACACAUCAUAGGUUAUGCUGUGAAAUAGAUUCUGUCUGAUUAGCUUUGUAGUAAGCUUGCCCCAUGACCAGCGUGUGAAUUUGCCAAGCACUAAAUGCCUGUCCUCUCCUAUGUGAUGUGAUUGAUCACCAGUGAUGGAGAUAACGGCAGUCACUUUAAUACUAAUCAGGGGUUCAAGGCCCAAUUUAUUAUGUGCCAGUUUAUUAUUAUUAUUAUUAUCAUUAUUAUUAUUAUUAUUAUUAUUAUUAUUAUUAUCAUUAUUAUGAUUUGUUGUCUGCCGCUUCUGAGCUGGAAUGAGCUAGAAACACGAAACUUGGCCCAAUAACUGGAAACGAUGUGCAUGUGCUUCCACAGAAAUAUGAGCCCAAUCGGCCACAUGAUGGCGCUGUAAUUAUGGCCCAAAAAUGCUAUUUUGAACAGGCCACGCCCCUCACACAAUAAGUCCGAAUUACAUGAAAUUUCUUUGAAAAGUCCAGCUCAAUGUGCUCUACAAAAAGCCUCUUGGACCACUAAAGUCCGCCUAACUAAAUUUUCCGCCAUUUUGAAUUUUUUGAAAAACAUUUUUGACAUCUCCUAAACCGUAGGUCCGAUUGCUACCAAAUUUUCAGUGAAUCACCAUUAUACGAAGUAUAUCAAAAGUUGUAUAAAGCUUGUUGAUAUCUUAUUUAGUUUUCAAGAUAUUGACCAAUGAACUUCAAAAGAGGCGUGGCUCAGCACAUAAAUAGACCAAAGUCAACAACUGUUGGGCCAAUCAGGAUAUGUCCACAGAAGUACCCGAAACAUACCCUGAAAGUUCCAUUCAAAUCGACCACUAGGGGGCGCUACAAUUGCAAAAAACUGGGCGUGGCAUAAUACGAGUCAGAAAUUGUUUGUUUUCUACAUUCUAUUUGUGAAAGUGCAAAAAAGGGAGAUUUCACUGCUUUUGUCACGUUUAGGCCACAUUUGACCAGGUCCAGAUCAAAAGCUUUAAACUUCUAAAGGUCUGUGUUUGCUUGAAUCCUGGAAUUGCCCCUUGCGGCUAUAUUACUUAAUACUUUUGUAUUGAAAAUCUCAGUCUUUGUGUUUCGUAAAAAAUUAUUUUACCACAUUGAAUAAAAAUCUUACGUAGACGGCACACAAUACUAAUUUUGCAUGCAGGUUAAGUGAAAAAUAUAUCUUGGUGUUUGUUUGAUCUUCUGUCCUUCAUUCUCCAUCUCCAAGAAGCUUGCUGAUAAAUAUAAAUCAAUAUGAUACUACCAUAGGGAAUUUCUGUCUAUCAGUGUUUAUCUGUUUGCUACUACUGGAUUUAUGUGUACCUUUUAUGAUAUGACAGUUGUGUCAAUAAAAAUAAAUAUUUUUGCUGUGAUUAAGCUGAUUGUGUUAGUGAUUAAAAAGUCUAAUCCUG